UCACAGGAAGCGUACUAUGACAACGGAGGAAACAGUCGCCAUUGUGGUUCAAUCGCAAAGCUUUAUUAGCUCGGUCUCAAAGGUUGAUGUGAGCCAAAAUGUCGUCCUCCGUCAGUACUCCUUGACAGUUGUCGCCGCGACGAACUUAUUCACAGGUUUCCAAACUUGGACAGGGUAGUGGAGAGAUACAAAGUGUGCAGAAUGUCGCGGGUGGUGUUUCUCCAUCCAGACCUUGGUAUUGGGGGCGCAGAGAGGCUGGUGGUUGAUGCGGCCGUUGCUCUGAAGUCAAAGGGAUGCAGUGUUCAGAUCUGGACGGCCCAUUAUGACCCAACACACUGCUUUUCUGAGACCCUGGACCCAGACCUGCCAGUGGUUUGUGUUGGUGACUGGCUACCCACCAGUGUGUGUGGCUAUCUGCAUGCCAUGUGUGCGUACUUGAGGAUGAUCUAUGUAGCACUCUACUUGGUCUUUCUCAGUGGAGUGGAGUAUGAUGUCAUCUUUUGCGAUCAGGUGUCGGUGUGCAUACCGGCGCUGCGACUGUCCCGUCAGAGGAAAAAAGUUCUGUUCUACUGUCACUUCCCGGACCAGCUGCUGACCCAGAGGAAGUCGGCCUUAAAGAAACUUUACAGAGCUCCCAUUGACUGGCUGGAGGAACGAACCACUGGCAUGGCUGAUAUGAUUCUGGUAAACAGCCAGUUCACCGCAGGCGUUUUCACGGAGACCUUUCGUAGUCUAAGCAGAGUCCAGACAGAUGUCCUCUACCCCUCCCUCAACACGAGCACCUUUGACCAGUCAUCUAGUGAAACCCGGGGCCUGGAAGGCCUGCUCCCUGAGGGGACCUCCUGCCUGUUCCUGUCCCUGAACCGGUACGAGAGGAAGAAGAAUCUGGGCCUGGCUCUGGAGGCGCUGGCAGUGCUGAGGUGCAGCCUCUCCCCUGCUGAGAGGGCGGCUGUCCACCUGAUCGUGGCGGGGGGCUACGACGAGCGCGUCACCGAGAACGUUCAACACUACACCGAGCUGAAAGACUUGGCCGAGCAGCUCCACUUGGAGGAAGCCGUCACUUUUCUGCGCUCGCCCUCCGACUCCCUGAAGGUGGCGCUGUUGCGGGGCAGCACGGCGGUGCUCUACACGCCCAGCAGAGAACAUUUUGGGAUAGUUCCCGUAGAGGCUAUGUACUGCUGCUGCCCUGUUAUCGCCGUGAACUCUGGGGGGCCCCUGGAGAGCGUGUCGGACGGGGAGACGGGCUUCCUGUGCCAGCCCACAGCCGAGGCCUUCUCCCUGGCCAUGGAAAGGCUGAUCAGGGAGCCACAGCUCCACAGGGACAUGGGACAAGCCGGGAGGAGAAGGGUUCAAGAGAAGUUCUCUCUUCAGGCCUUCUCAGACCAGCUACACGGGUACAUUGUAAGGCUGAGCCAGUGAUGUGAGGGCAGGAGGAAAAAGCAGGGCCCAACCCAUAGGAACGGGAAGCCCGACUAUCCACAACGAGCUUAGGACCACGCGGAGGAUGUAUGUGUAUAUGUGAAGGGAGGUGGGGUGUUAUAAGGACUUAGAGGACAAUUAAUCAGCAUUCCCCUGGAGGGGUUGCUGAGAGGGGAGAAAAAGGGUGGAAUUUUUAUACCAAUUAAGAAAUGAGAAAUGAGUUUACCUAUUCUAUCUUUGGAGAAAUAUGUGUGCGAGUGGAGCAACGCGGCUUUAGAAAUGAGCCUACCAACAAGAUUGAUUGUUAGAGUGAAAUGUUUUGCACUAUUUGUGUGUUUUCUUUUCUACAGGACUCUUUGUUUUUGUGUGUUUUGGGAAAGAAGAACAAGAAUGCAGCUGCCGCCACGGGCCAGCGGGUAGUGCACAGUCUCAGAUCGAUAAACGGGAUGCUUUCUGCAUCAUGUCCGCCCAAAGCUUUGUUCCUCUUCUUGCAUUCAUAAGGCCCUGGCCCGUCCACGGCUCCUGCAGCUGUGUGCGGGUUAUUAGUAGAUGAUAGAGAAUGUGUGGCUUCAUUAGAGGUCUGGCUGAUGGGCAGUGUGCCUGUGUCUGGGUCAUUAUGAAUGGGGAGAAUAGCAGAAGGUCAUUGUGUCUGUGUGUUGGCCUCCUCAGCCUCCCUACUGUAUAGAAAUGCUUUUAUUGACAUUCUUGAAGUCUUAAUAAACAAGAGUACACAUACUUUCCA